AUGCCCAGCUCGCUGUUCGCCGACAGCAGCGUGCCGGGGGGGGGGGACGCGCUGGACGAGCAGAGAGCGCUGCAGAUCGCCCUGGACCAGCUCGCCCUGCUCGGCUUGGACAACGACGACAACCCGCUGUACGACAACCAGGAGCCCCGGAAGAGGAGCGUCAACAUGACGGAAUGCGUCCCGGUGCCCAGCUCCGAGCAUGUGGCAGAGAUUGUUGGCAGACAAGGUUGCAAGAUCAAAGCACUGCGAGCCAAGACCAACACCUACAUCAAGACCCCUGUUCGAGGUGAGGAGCCUGUUUUUGUGGUGACUGGAAGAAGGGAGGACGUGGCUAUGGCCAGACGGGAGAUCAUCUCAGCUGCUGAGCACUUCUCCAUGAUCAGAGCCUCCAGAAACAAAAACACCAGCCUGAACGGGAGUGGUACCCCUGUCCCUGGACCACCUAACCUGCCCGGACAGACGACCAUCCAGGUGAGGGUGCCUUACCGUGUGGUGGGGUUGGUUGUUGGCCCCAAGGGUGCCACUAUCAAGCGCAUCCAGCAACAGACCCACACCUACAUUGUGACACCCAGUCGAGAUAAGGAGCCAGUGUUUGAGGUGACGGGGAUGCCAGAGAAUGUGGACAGAGCACGUGAAGAGAUUGAAGCCCACAUCGCUAUGAGGACAGGAGGCCUUAUUGAGGUCCAGGAUGAAAAUGACUUCCAUGCUAAUGGCACGGAUGUUGGCUUUGAUCUGCACGGGCAUGCCACCCUGUGGUCCAAGCCAAAUGGUGGGUUGACCCUCGCUUCAGUGCGAAAACCCUUCUCCAACUACCGCAACGACUCGUCCUCCUCUCUGGGCAGUGCCUCCACAGACUCCUACUUUGGUAAUAACAGUUCACGCAUGGCUGACUACAGCCCCCCCAGCCCCGCACUCAGUUACACCACCACCAACAAUAAUGGGAACAACAAUAACAACAACAUCAACGUCAACACCAAUGGCAACGGUUUUGGUUACGGAAGUGAGGUGAUCUCGCCUGACUGCACUGAUCUGACUUUUGACUCUUCACCAGGGUUUGACCCAACACAAGCCCCACCAGGUCUCCUGUGGUCCCAGUGUGAUAGUCGCAUAACCCCCUCCUCAACUGGAGGCAGCUCCCCCACCCCAACAUCAGCCAUGUUCCCCACCAAUACGUCCACUAAUGCCAAUGGGAUAGUGGCGAGUCAGAGAAGGGUUAAUGGAUGUACCCCACAGCCCAGACUGUCCCCUCCACUCCAUAGCCACACUGGAGGCCCCACUGAGCACCCGUUAGCCCGAAGGGUGCGCAGUGACCCGGGUGAUGGUCCGCUCAGUUUCCCUGGUUACUCCAGUACCAUUGCUUCCCUGCCGGGCCCUCACCUACCUGGGGUUGCAUGCGACUCCUCCGCCUCAUCCACUUCCUCGUCUUCAUCCUCCUCCACCUCUUCAGGAACAAGCCGAAAGGGCAGCCGUGAUUGUUCUGUUUGCUUCGAAAGUGAGGUCAUCGCAGCGCUGGUCCCCUGUGGGCACAACCUCUUCUGUAUGGAAUGUGCCAAUCGAAUCUGUGAGAGGAGCGAGCCCAAAUGCCCUGUCUGCCACACCGGCGUCACUCAGGCUAUACGUAUAUUUUCAUAA